CUAGGCUUUCUGUUGGCUUUUGCCCUCCAAAGCUAUAAUUUGGGAACAGGUUGUGAGUGAAUCUUUGUGGAUAAGCAAAACUGGAUUAGAAUCAAGGUUUCUACUCUCUUAUUAGCCUGAUGGAAUCUGUAUGCUAAACCUCGGUGUCUUCAAGUCAGCAACAUGGAACUGAUCACUCAAGGGGCUCCAGGGGGGAAAAAUCAAGAGCUGCUCUUAAAAGAAGUUGCCCUUGCUGGUGCUCAGGGUAAAAAUAGAGGCGGCCGCUUGGAACCGCUUGGCGCUGACUCCCUCCCUGCAGGCGCCCUGGAGUGGGCUCAGGCAUCGCGUUCCGGCGUGAUCUCUGGGAGUCGCCAGCAGGUGCUGCUCAAGAGAAUUUGCUGAAGAGGAGAAGAAAACAAAAACAAAAACAAAAAAAUUCCAAAACAACAACAACAACAACCACCACCACCACCACCACCACCACCCUGUGCGUGAGGGGGGAGGAAAGCGGGGCCUUUUAAAGAGGCAAUCACAACAACUUUUGCUGCCAGGAUGCCCUUGCUCUGGCUGCGAGGAUUUCUGUGGGCAAGUUGCUGGAUUAUAGUGAAGAGCUCCCCAACCCCGGGAUCCGAGGGGCACAGUGCAGCCCCCAACUGUCAGUCCUGCGCGCUGGCCACUCUCCCAAAGGAUGUACCCAACUCUCAGCCAGAGAUGGUGGAAGCCGUUAAGAAGCACAUCUUAAACAUGCUGCACUUGAAGAAGAGACCCGAUGUCACCCAGCCAGUGCCCAAGGCGGCGCUUCUGAACGCGAUCAGAAAGCUUCAUGUGGGCAAAGUGGGGGAGAACGGGUAUGUGGAGCUAGAAGACGACAUCGGAAGGAGGGCGGAAAUGAAUGAGCUGCUGGAGCAGACCUCCGAAAUCAUCACGUUCGCAGAGUCAGGCGCAGCCAGGAAGACACUGCACUUUGAGAUUUCCAAGGAAGGCAGUGACCUGUCCGUGGUGGAGCGUGCAGAAGUGUGGCUCUUCCUGAAAGUCCCCAAGGCCAACAGGACAAGGACCAAAGUCACCAUCCGUCUCUUUCAGCAGCAGAAGCACCCACAGGGCAGCUUGGACACGGGGGAUGAGGCCGUGGAAGUGGGCUUAAAGGGGGAGAGGAGUGAACUGUUGCUGUCGGAGAAGGUGGUGGAUGCACGGAAGAGCACCUGGCACAUCUUCCCUGUCUCCAGCAGCAUCCAGAGGCUGCUGGACCAGGGCAAGACCUCCCUGGACGUGCGGAUUGCCUGUGAGCAGUGCCAGGAGAGUGGGGCCAGCCUGGUGCUCCUGGGCAAGAGGAAGAAGAAAGAAGAGGCGGACGGGAAGAAGAGGGAUGGUGGUGAAGGCACAGCGGAGGAGGAGAAGGAGCAGUCUCACAGACCUUUCCUCAUGCUGCAGGCCCGGCAGUCUGAAGAUCACCCUCACCGAAGGCGACGGCGCGGCUUGGAAUGUGACGGCAAGGUCAACAUCUGCUGUAAGAAACAGUUCUUUGUCAGCUUCAAAGACAUUGGCUGGAAUGACUGGAUCAUCGCGCCCUCUGGCUACCACGCCAACUACUGCGAGGGUGAGUGCCCCAGCCACAUAGCAGGCACCUCGGGGUCCUCACUUUCCUUCCACUCCACGGUCAUCAACCACUACCGCAUGCGGGGUCACAGCCCCUUCGCCAACCUCAAGUCAUGCUGUGUGCCCACCAAGCUGAGACCUAUGUCCAUGCUGUACUACGAUGAUGGCCAAAACAUCAUCAAAAAGGAUAUUCAGAACAUGAUUGUGGAGGAGUGCGGAUGCUCCUAGAGUCUCCCGGCCUGGGGGAAAGGGAGCUAGAGUUGCCAGUGAAGAGAGUGGCAAAAAUGAAGAUUUUUUUUUAAGGUUUCUGAGUUAAACGACCAGAAAAAAAAAUAGAAAUUUUGAAAAAAUUAAAAAAAAAAACAACAAAAACCACAAAAACUAAACUAAAAACAGAACCUACGAAACAGAUGAAGGAAGAUGUGGAAAAAAAAAAAAUCCUUAGCCAGGGCUCAGAGAUGCAGCAGUGAAGGAGGCAGGAAUUGGGGGAGACAGGGAGAAAGGGGUCCUUCAUUUCUUCCAAAAUCACACUGAUGACAUCAGUUGUUUAAAUGGGGUAUUGUCCUCUCCCCUCUGCUGUGGUUCCCUCGAGAACCUCAAAGUCAAUUUGUCUAGUCUGUGUUCCUGUGGACUAGCACAACCCAAAUAACGUCUAGAAAGCCAUGAGUUUAAAAGGGCCAGUCCCACCCAGUCACCCAGGUCAUCAGCUUGUCUGUGCGACACUAUUUCCGUGUAUAUCAGCAGACACACACAUACACAUACAGGCAUUUGCCCACACAACUACAGACACGUACUGGUAAAAGAGCAACAGUGUGCAGGCAGCCACACAUUCUUUUUCUGCACCACGAUUGCAACAAGACAAAACAAAACAAAACCAACAUUUAAAAAAAAACUGACGACAAGAAUGGGAGGAGAGAAAGAUCAAGGAAAAAUGAAUACCAAGUUACAAUUCGUUACGGUGCUUCUGAUCUUAGAACUAUGCAACCUAAUACGUUUGAAACUGUUUACCUGAGAGAGAACAAAAAGAGAGACUUUUUUGUAUUGGAAAUAACCUGAUUAAUUUUUAUUUUCUUCAAGGAGAGAUACUUGAAAGGAAUAUGUUUGUCCAUCUGUUGGAUCCAAACAUUUCUAUAUUUUGUAAAUGUUGUUUUUUUUAUCGUUUACUAUUUGCACUACAAUGGUAUUUGACCUGUCUAACCCUUAUUUAACAAGUAUUUUCUUCGGGUGGGGGUGGAGGUGGGACUUAAGAGCUGCACUUAAUGUGAGCUAUAAAAGAACUGCUACAGCACACAAAAUAGCUAUUUUUAUUAUUAUAAUUAUAAUUAUUAUUAUUAUUUUGUACCUUAAAAAAUAGACACAUACACCAAAGACAUUUGUGUGAGCCUUUAAACAUUCUGUCUGUGAUUGGUAUUAUUCACCAUCCGUGAGUCAGGGGCUGAGCGUGAAGCUUGAGGAGGGUGGAUUGUGUUCAGGCUUAAACAACCUGAGAAGUUUGGUUUUUGACUCUUUUGACAUCCAUGAAACAGGACAUUUCAUACUGGAUGUACAGUAGUUGUACACUGUUGGAUAUCAAGUUCAAUCAGAUUCAUGAGACUACACGCUUGUAUGUGUAUCUAUACAUUGCUUGUGCAUACGCAUACCUGUGUGUAUAUAUACAUGUAUUGUACCAUGUCCACACACGAUUUAAGCACUUCAGGUUGUCUUUUUUUAAUGUUCUUAAAGCAAUGAAUGUUUGUGUGCAAAACACAGUAUUUUUAAGAAGGAUAGGCUAUAGUUUUUGCUUUUACUCUGAACUAGGUGGGCACAUUUCAAAAAUUUGGAUGGCAAAAGCCUGAAAAUUCCAGUGACUCUUCAACAAGGCCCUCUAUAAAUGUACAGGGAUCAAAUUCUUUUGUCUUUCUUGUUCCUCAUCUCCUACAAGUUAUCCCCUGUGGGGAAAACAGGAUGCUAAUCAAAACUAUGGGCUGAUUUUUUUCACUUUAUAUUUAUUAUCUAUUGGAAUAUUGGAAUCAAUCUUAAAUCAGAAACUUUUUCGGAAAAAAAGAACUUCAGGCCAGAAUAAAAGAGGUGGGUGCAUUUUUUGUUUAUUUGAGGUCAGAUUGUGAGAGAUAUUACUUGCACCAGUGGGGUUAAUUAGUGUUGUUGUUACUAGUUAAAAGCUAAAUUUUUGGAGGAAAGAGUUAAAAAAGAGUGGAAAUUGAGGAAGAGAACAGUUAAGAGGAAGCGGGGAUGAAGGUGGUAGAACAACUCUCAUAUAUAGUCUUUUUUUUUUUUUUUCCUUUGGACCAGGGAUUGAAAUCAGGACCUUGCACUUGCCAGGCAGGCAAGGCACCACUGAGCUACAUCCCCAGCUCAACUCUCUAAUAUUUUAAUUUGCUGCCAAAAUUCUUGGCAUGUAAGUUUUUAUGUAUUGAUUCAGAUGCAAAACAAAGCAAAACAAACCAAAUCAAACCAAACCAAACCAAAAACCCAUGUCUAAUAGGCAUCAAAGUAUAUGCUGAAAGCUAGGUGUCUCUAUUUUAUUUUAGUAUUUCCCUUGCCUGGAGCAGCUAAUAAGUUAUUCAUUUAUGUGUUUAAAAUACAGAGCCUUAUUUUUACUGACUUAAAGUUCGUAAAAUUGUUAAAAAUUGGAAAACAAUUCUAAUUAGGAAAGCCUACAUUCACCAGUAUUCUGUAAAAUGGUGAUGUUUGUGUCAAUUCAUAGAUAGUUGGAAGAGAAUGAACUAUCAGUGAGAAGCCUAAUAUUACAAAACGUGUUUUAAAAUUAGACUCAAUCAGUAUGUAUAACACGAGGAGGUAUGCAGGCAGGUUACCUUAGUCUUGUUACUGAGCACAUAGACUUAUUGUUCUAGGGGCCCACCCUGUCUUAUGCAGGAAACAGCCUGCACUGUGGGAAAAGCUCACAGUGGACCCUAAUAAAGGUCUAUAGACCUUGGGUAUUAUGCAUGUGGAGAAGGUGAGCUUGGUCAGGAAAGCUGAGGCGAGGAGAAAAUGGCCAAUUUUUCAAUUUUAACAAAAAGCUUUGCGGGCCUUUUGAACUGCUUCUUUUUGAUACUGGAAAUAACACUGGAACCUAGGGAAAUAGUGUGAGGAUAUAAGUCCUGGCUCACUGUGCAGUGGUGCAGAAAGUCAAGGCCAUGGGAAAAAUAGGAAUUUACAAAGACAGCUCUGUGCAGCUCCCAUUCACCUCAAAUCAAUCUGGCAUUUUGUUAAGUCCUGUAAGUCCCAGAUACACCAGGGAUAAACUGGGGUUUGGUGAGUGGCCAUGGUUGGGUUAUCACACCCCCACAAACGUCAACCUCGUUUCAUUUAAAUUUAUCUGGCCUUGUUAUAGAAUUACAAAUUGCUACCAUCUUUAAUAAUAUUGGAAGAUACUAUUUUACCAUCUUUAACAAUCGCAGAAGUUACAAAGCCUUGUGAACAACCAUUCUUUUCACGUAGCCACAUUAGGCCAAAUUAAAAAGCUUUUAAAUUCUAUCCUCUUAGGUUCUUCAUACUCUAUAGCCCAUGAUAAAGGAGGGUAUCUCUAUCUGAUCUUACUACCUUGCCACUUUUACUCUGGGGUUGAACUCUAUGUUCUCAAGUAUCUGCCCACACUAAUUCUAGAAGCUCUAAAAAGCACUUGUCCUCAAUAUCUCAAAAUAACGAAGAUUUUAUAGGCUGAAUUUUCAUUUUCUUUUUUUUUUUUUCCCAAAAGAGUAAGGCAAACCUCGACGCACGUGCUGGGAUUUUGUAUCCCAGCACAACAGCCUCUUUCAAGUUUAUUUAAGAUUGAUUCCACACUCCAUUAUCAAGAAGAGUUCUUGCAGUCUCCUUAAAGUUAGAACAAGGAAAAAAAGAUUUUUCACCCUUGUAGGAUUGGGCUUCAAGAGGGGACUCUAAAUACAGACAAAUAUGCCUCAGUUGCAUUAAACAGAGAUUCAAAUGAUCACAUUCAUUCGAAAACAGGAUUUCCUGUGGGCCUUUUAGGCAACUUCCCCUUUCAAUGUAGAGAAAACUUAGUCACCCCGAAAACCUACAUAAUAAAUGAAACUUGUAGAUGUGGGCAGAAGGUUUGGGGGUGGACAUUGUAUGUGUUUAAAAUAAACCCGGUAUUACUGAGAAGCUAUUGUAUGGGUCAGAGAAAAUGAAUGCUUAGAAGCUGUUCGCAUCUUCAAGAGCAGAAACAAACCACAUGUCUCAGCUACGUUAUUAUUUAUUUUUAUGCAUAAAGUGAAUCAUUUCUUCUGUAUUAACUUUCAAUGGGUUUUACCCUCUAUUUAAAUGCUUUGGAAAACAGUGCAUUGACAAUGAGUUGAUAUUUUUCUUUAAAAGAAAAAUAUAAUUAUGAAAGCCAAGAUAAUCUGAAGCCUGUUUUGUUUAAAAAAAUUGUUUUAUGUUCUGUGGUUGAUGUUGUUUGUUUGUGUGUUUUUAUUUUUAUUUUGUGUUUUUUUUUUCCUUUGGCAUACUACAUGCAGUUCUUUAACCAAUGUCUAUUUGGCUAAUGUAAUUAAAGUUGUUAAUUUAUAUGAGUGCAUUUCAACUAUGUCAAUGGUUUCUUAAUAUUUAUUGUGUAGAAGUACUGGUAAUUUUUUUUAUUUACAAUAUGUUUAAAGAGAUAACAAUUUGAUAUGUUUUCAUGUGUUUAUAGCAGAAGUUAUUUAUUUCUAUGGCAUUUCCAGCGGAUAUUUUGGUGUUUGCGAGGCAUGCAGACAAUAUUUUGUAUAGCUAGUGGACAGUAUUCAGCAACGCCUGAUAGCUUCUUUGGCCUUAUGUUAAAUAAAAAGACCUGUUUGGGAUGUAUUUA